AUGGGAAGCAGCAGCUUGCCGAUGUCCCAACAAAUGUAUUUUAGUACUCACAAUGCCUUAAGAAUAAAUGAAGAAAACGAUGUAAUAAAUACUUUAUUUUAUGAAAUAAAUGGAAGUCGACAUAUAAGUUUAUUAAUCUUUCCAUUUUAUGAUGUCCAAAUGUUAAAAAGAUUGUUGAUUAAAAAAUUAAAUUUACCAGGUGGUGUUAAAGUGAAUGACAUCAUUAUAUUUUAUAAAGGUAUUAAGUUACCAAAUUAUCGUAUUAUAAGUACAUACAUAGAUAAUAAUAAUAAUAGAAAUGAUAAAAAAAAAAAAAAAAAAAAAAUUAAUAAAUUAUACUGGGCUAUAAAAGAUACUAAUCCAAAUGCUUCUAUACGUGUUAUUGAUAGUACUAAAAAUUAUCCAGAAUUUUUUGAAGAUAUAUUAAAUGAAAUUAAGUUGUCAUUUAAAAAAAAUAUUGCUCCAAAAUUAACUAUGGAUGGUACAGGAGGAACGUAUUUAUUAUAUAAUGCAAAAAAAAAAAUUUGUUCUGUCUUUAAACCUUUAGAUGAAGAAGCUUUUGCUCCUUUUAAUCCUCGUGGUUAUGAAGGGAAAAUGUAUCAAGAGGGAUUUCGUGCUGGUGUAUUAUCUGGAGAAGGAGCUAGUAGAGAAAUAGCAGCUUACCUUUUGGAUAAUUGUUAUAAUAACUUUAGUAAUGUUCCUUGUACCAUUAUGGUAGAAGCUUGUAAUCCGCAUUUUAAUAAUAAAAGCAAAUUAAAAUAUGUUGAUAAAGAAACAAACCUAAAAUGGAAAUGUGGAUCAUUACAAGAAUUUAUUGAUUCUAGAGAAAGUGUAGGGAAUUAUGAUUAUAAACAAUUUAGUAUAAGAGAUAUUCAUAAAAUUGCUAUCUUAGAUAUUAGGGUAAUGAACCUAGACAGAAAUGAUGGUAACAUAUUAGUCUCACCUUUGAAAACAUUAAAAGAUUCUUGUAACCAGUUUGUUUAUAGAAAUAAUAAAUUUACAAGUUCUAAUAAUGAGGAUAUGUUGAAGAGAAUUAUAACUAUAGACAAAAAGCCUUCACGAUAUACUUUAAUACCUAUAGAUCAUGGGCUUAUACUUCCCCAUAUAAUGGACGUUGCUGAAAUUGAUUUGGUGUGGUUUGAAUGGCCCCAAAUAAAGAUUCCUCUAGAUGAUGAAGAGCUGGAAGUUGUCUUUUCGUUCGAUCCAGACAAAGAUGCCGAAAAAGUACGAAAUAAAUUACUUAUCAGAGAAGAUUGUAUACGUACUAUGAGAGUAUGUACAAGACUUUUACAAAUAGGAGCCAAAAUGCAUUUAACCUUAUAUGAAAUAGCAAAGAUAAGUACGAGGAAAAACAUUGACGAAGAAUCUAUUCUAGAGCACCUAGUUAAGGAUUCAAUCACACAAGCCUACCAAAUGAUGGAUUAUACAUCCCUUAUGAGCACAAACAGAUUAGGAUACAUCCUGGAUCUUGCCGAAAUUAAAAUGAAUAAGAAAAAAAAAAAUAGCAAAAUAAAAACUGUAGAAAUUAAUGAUGAUAAGAUAAUAAAUCAACUCUAUGAAAAAAAUCAAGGAAAUCUUUUUUUUAAUGAGAAGGGAGAAACAACAGGAGGGGAGGGGAGCUUGAAAAGUCCUCCGAGUAUAAAAAAAGAUAAUGAUAUCAUAAAAUCGAAUAUUUAUAAUAAAAAUGUAAGUAAUAAUAAUCUAAUCAAAGAUGUCGAUGAUAUGAUAUCAAUUAACAGCUCUUCAAAUACUACGAAUAGUAUAAAAAAUGUUAGUUUAAUAAAUGAAAGUUAUAAAAAUAUAUAUAGUAAUAAUGUCAUAAAAAAUAAUAAUAGUGAUUUUUUUAAUAAAAAUAUAGAAAAUAAUAUUGAUUUGAUGAAUAUAACAAACCAAGUUAACAAUAUAAAUUUGUGUUUAAAUAUAAAAAAAGAAGAUAAUGAAACGAAUGGAGAAGAAAAUGAUAUGAGUCUUAAACAAAAUAAUUUAAAACACACUCAUUUGAAUUCUAGGAGUGAUUUUAGUAAAGAAUGUGAAAACACAACAGAAAGUAAAAAUAUAACCAUGAAGUUAAAAAAAGAAAACUUUUCAAAUAAUUCACCAGACAAUUUAUUAGACAAACCAUUAGAUACUUUAUUAAAUGAACCUUUAGAUCAUUUUUUAGGAAAGCCAUUAAAUAAAUUUGUAGAUAAACCUUUGGAUAAUAUGUUAGAAAAUAUAUCCGGUGAAGUUUCAGAUAUGUCAAACAUAUCUAAUAAUCUAUCAAAUGUUUCUGACAAAAUAAAAGUCGAUACAAGUGAAUAUAAAGAUGAAGCAUUAUUUUGUAAUUCCCCUAAUGAUGAUACCAAGGUUAAGAAGAAAAAGAAAAAAAAAGACUCUGAUCUGGAUGGCUAUCCAAAGGAUCAAAAGAACUAUACAAAUUGUGAUGACGGCGAUAAAAUUAAUAGUGAUGAUAAUGGCAUAAAUAAAGAAAAUGAAAUGAUAAAUCAGGUGAAAAAUAAUUUAAAUGAUGAUGAAGAAGAGGAAGAAGAAGAGGAAGAAGAAGAGGAGGAAGAAAAUGAUGAUUAUGAUGUAACCUUCAAAAAACCUUCAGGUACUAUUAAAAGAAUAAGUGAAAAUACAGGAACAGCAUAUAGAAGUAUGGAGAUGAAUAAAAUUAAUUCUAUAUGGAUGAUAAGAGAUAAAAAUAAUAAAAUUAUAAAUGUAAAAUGGGAAAAUAAAAUAUUUGAGAAAUUGUUUUUUGAAACUUUUGAAAAUUAUAUAAAAAAAUAUAUUAAUGAUUAUCAUCGGGAUUGGAGAAAUUAUCCAUAUAAUGGUUCAAAAAUAACGACAACAAAACAUGCUUAUCUAAAUAAUAUAAAAUGA